AAUCGUAGUUGACUAAUCAAAUGUUAAAAAAGUCAAAUAAGGACAAGCAAGUGGCAAAUCUCGAAAAUAUCUCAACCUCAAAGCCCUGUUUCCCACGUUAUGUUCCAUAAAUACCAAAACAAGUCUCGAGGGUAAAGAACUCCAAGUAGCAGCGUAACGUUUGUUUUUUACAGUAAAAAAAAAACGCAGGAAUAUGUCUUGAGGAGCUGCAACUACAAAAUCUCCAAUCUUAGUGAAACAGAAAGAAUCGAGAAGAGGAAGUAGUGGUGAUGAUGGGAUUACACUUGGAGAGCUUGGUGGAGACGAUAAAGUCAAAGGUGAACUUGCUAAAGAAGAAGAAAAAGAAAUCAUACAUAAAAAUGGAUAAAAGCAGCAGCGUCAGGGUCGAGAUCCGUCGUAAGAAGACCAGAGAUCUCAUCAAUAAGACUUUGAAGGUUGCUGAUCGUCCUGGCCAACGAGCUCUUUGAUGAUAACAACCUUUUUUUUCCUUCUCAGUUUUUCUUUUUGCAUACCGUUUCUGUGUUCUUCGUUCUGUGAUUCAGGGAGAUUUGUAUUCAGGAUAUCAAGUAUAUAUAUACAUAUAGUUUCUGGAAACAAUAGAAGAAAAAUAAUAUAGAAACGUAUAAGAUGAGAUUCAUUCUUGAUUGAUCUAUGAAACAUGAAUAAAAAACAAAUAGUGAAGAAGUGAUUUGGUUGGUGUA